UUCAUCUCUCUGGGCCUUGUGAUGGCUGGAAACUCCCCUGCUGUCCUCUGCCAGCCAGAUGGCACCUUGGGAAGGAGCAGUGCAAUCCAGGAAAACCAAAGUAACGGGACACUAUUGAACAGUCUAGCACUUACCUCCACCAACAUUGACUUCGCCUUCAGCCUCUACAAGGAGUUGACUAUGAAGAAUCCAGAUGAAAACAUCGUCUUCUCCCCACUCAGCGUCUCAACUGCCUUGGCCGUCCUGUCCCUGGGAGCAAGCAACAACACCCUGCAAGAGAUUCUAGAAGGUCUCAAGUUCAAUCUCACAGAGACCCCUGAGGCAGACAUCCACCAGGGAUUUGGGCAGCUCCUCCACAUGCUCAGUCAGCCAGGGGACCAGGUGCAGAUCAGCACAGGCAGCGCCAUGUUUGUUGAAAAGUGCCUACUGAUACUGGAAGAGUUCAAGGAGAAGGCAAGGGAGCUGUACCAGGCAGAGGCCUCAAGUGUCGACUUCCAGCAGCCUCAUGAGGCCAAAAAGCUCAUCAAUGACUAUGUGAACAAACAGACUCAGGGGAAGAUCAAGGAACUGAUCUCAGGCCUGGAUGAGGACACAGUAAUGGUGCUGGUGAAUUACAUCUACUUUAAAGCACUGGAGGAAGUGCUGCUGCAGCAGCCAAUCUCCCUACGAUGA